CGUGCUGCCGGACCACUGCUGAGCUGCUGUUAAACAGUGUGGACAGGCGAGAGGGAAAUGAGGCGUACUUGCCUUAAAAGCACUGAGCUGUUUUGACAUUGGAACAGACAGUUGCCGCUCCCUGCCAUAACAUGUGAUGGGCAUGCAACGCUAUCUUAUAUGGGAAAUCAAUCCGCAGGGCAAUAUAAGAGCAAAAGAGUCGCCAAAGGCGUAAAGGAUUUGUGCCCGUUUCUGCGCGCGCUGCGCACGUGGACAUGUUGCGAUGGCAUGCACGAGGAGAACCAAAACUUUGGUGUCCACAUGCGUGAUUUUAAGCGGCAUGACCAAUAUUUUAUGUCUCCUCUACGUCGGCUGGAUCACCAAUUAUGUGUCUAAUAACGGGAACGUCAAAGUUGCAGGUAGGACACCCGUUAAAAAGUUUGAUGACGACAACAGAGGAGAAACGCUGCGCAUUAUCGAGAGACUCGACAGACUGGAGAGUGUUGUUAACCAGCACAUCCAAGAGAAACCUCUAAAGGAUGGGGAAGACACAGCAGACCUGUCCCUCUCUGACUCGCUGUUUGCCCGCUGGGGUCAUGAUCUCGGCCCAGAGAGCCGCAAGGUGGCCCUGAAGAAGUUCCAGUACUAUGGUUACAACGGUUACCUCAGCGACAGACUGUCUUUGGACAGAGCAAUCCCAGACCUCAGGCCUGACGGGUGCAGAAACAUCUCAUACCCCUCCAGUCUACCACAAGUCAGCAUCAUAUUCAUCUUUAUGAAUGAAGCUCUGUCAGUCAUCCUGCGCUCUGUUCAUUCAUUGAUCCAUCGGACACCCUCCCACCUGCUCAAGGAGAUCAUACUUGUCGAUGACAACAGCAACAACGCUGAACUGAGAGAAAACCUGCAGAGGUUUGUGGAAGAGACCAACCAGCAGCAUCCUGACUUCAUUAAAGUGGUUCGGCAUGACAAACAGGAGGGUUUGAUUCGCUCUCGUGUCAGUGGCUGGAGAGCUGCCACCGCUCCCAUCGUGGCCCUGUUUGACGCCCAUGUGGAAUUCGGCAUGGGAUGGGUUGAACCAAUCCUUCACAGAAUUAAAGAAGACCGAACCCGGGUAAUCACCCCCUCUUUUGACAACAUCAAAUACGACACGUUUGAGAUUGAAGAGUAUCCUCUCUCUGCUCAAGGCUUUGACUGGGAACUGUGGUGUCGCUACCUGAACCCUCCUAAAUCCUGGUGGACACAGAAGAACCAAACUGCACCAAUAAGGAGUCCUGCUCUGAUUGGCUGCUUCGUGGUGGAUAGGGAGUAUUUUGAGGAGAUUGGACUGCUGGAUGAAGGGAUGGAAGUUUAUGGAGGGGAAAACGUGGAGCUGGGGAUCCGGGUAUGGAUGUGCGGUGGAAGUGUGGAGGUCAUGCCCUGCUCCAGAAUAGCUCAUAUUGAGCGUGCCCACAAGCCCUACACGGAGGAUCUAGCAACUCAUGUACGUAGGAACGCGUUGAGAGUGGCGGAGGUGUGGAUGGACGAGUUCAAGAGCCACGUUUACAUGGCCUGGAAUGUUCCACAACAGGACUCUGGGAUCGAUAUCGGCGAUAUCACAGAGAGAAAAGCGCUCAGACAGAAGCUCCAGUGUAAGCCCUUUAGCUGGUUCCUGAAGAAUAUUUAUUCUGAGAUGAGAACCUACACAGACACAAUCGCCUAUGGUGUACUGAGAAACAGCCUGAGGCCAGAUCUGUGUGUGGAUCAAGGACCCGAGUCCGACAACAUUCCCAUCCUAUACAUCUGCCAUGGGUUGACGCCUCAGAAUGUGUUCUACACCAGCUCUCAACAGUUGCAUAUUGGAGGAUUGAGUCCAACCAUUGAUGACGAUGACAACAAGUGCCUGGUGGAUGUGAAUGGCCGGCCACGACUGCUUGAAUGCAGCUAUGCCAACAGCAAGCACAUGAAGCUCUCCUGGCUCUUUAUUCAGGGAGGCUCUGUUCUGAACAGGAAGUCGAAGCAUUGCCUGGAGCUGGUAGAAAGUGCAGAAGUGGAGCAUGGUUACCAGCUGGCUCUUCAGAAGUGCAGCAAUCAGAAAUGGACAAUUACAAACAUAUUGCCUGGCACAGUUCUAUAAUGCCCUGGUGUUUUUUGUGGGACUUGCAUAAUGCAGUUAUCACUGGAUUUACAAUGUUCUGAGAUGCUGUUUCCCUUUACAUGCAUUGAUGUUUAGUCAGACAGAGGACAACACUGUAUGAUGAUACCUUGAUGUCUCAGGCCUGGACUUAAAAGACAUCAAGGGACAAAGGUCAAACAGCUACUGAUUAUUUAUACUUAUAUUGAAUUUUUAUUAUUUAUAUUUAAUUUAUAUUUAAUGACCAAAAGAUGUUGGUGAGACAGUGAUGCUUAAAUGUAUAUCAACAGAGCUCUUCUGUAUGAUUUAAGCUUGCAUUGGCUCUUGUAUGUUUGGAAUUUUUGUAGUAUUGCUACUGUGUAGCACAAAGUUGAUAUUUACUUUUUAGUUUUUUCUUUCCCACAUUUCUCAGGUUCGUGAAUGAAGGUUGUAAUUAUCCAAUGUGGGGAAUAUAUAUUUUAUAAAUAUAAAUAGCCUCUAUAAAACAUUAAAAAAGACUUUUAACUUGUCAUCCUUGAAUUUUGGAUCUGUCUACUGAGGUGGAACGCUGUGUCCUGUCAGACACUUGCAGAACAUUGUUAUGGACCAUGCACGACACGGACGGGUUAAGCCAUUGCGCACCAUCUCUAGGACGCAAACGGGGUCUAUGUUGCCCUUCUGGCCCCAUCCCUGCCCACGGGAUAAAACCAUCAAACCUUGGUAACAGUUGACAUCCUUACAGCGUACUUAGCUAUUCAAAUUCUUCAUAUCUCUCAAUCACAGAAUUCAACAUUCUGGAAGAACAGUUUCAUGAGUUGUUCUGUUUGAGUAUGUUUACCUCGGAAAGAAACAACUAGGAAAAAAUAUAGCUGCAAGCAUCAAUGACAGGCCCAAGCACAACUGGUCCAUUUCCACCCAGUGGCUUUCAGAAAACAAUGCAAGGUAGACACAGGCAUUUGACAUUAUUCUAAACAAUUUUAAAGCAAUUUGAGUAAAUAUAAGAGAACGAUUUUAAAGUCUGUUGUAAGAGCCACACUUCCUGCUGCAUGGUGGUGGCGCUAUGUCCAUGACCAAAAAUAGUCAAAUCCAUGUGAUUAGCCCCCAACAUACACUACAUCUCAAUUUUGAUCUAAAUCAUACAUUGCACACAGAAGAUAUGAGACACUACUUGUUUCCCAUUUUUUUGCCAUUAAUUUAAUGCCAUGGCAAUACCGUUUGAUAUUUCAAAAUCUUUUCACAAUUUAACAUCUUCAAUAUCUUGGCAUAAUGUUGUCUAAAUGUGGUGACAGUCUCAUGAAUCCCCUAGGAGGAGUAUUUGAAAGUUCAGAGAAUGCAAUAUUCAAAAAAUCCAAACCAGACAACUUGCUGUUGGGCGGAGCUAAUAAUUAUAGUUCUGAAAGUUGUCCAGCUUGAUGAGAACUAUAUAUGUACCAAUUUUGGUGACUGUAGGUGAAAAUGGGGGUGCUACUGAGGCCGUCGUACAUGCCCAUUUUUAACCUGUUAACAGUCACUGGCCAAUGGGUGGGCCGUUUGAAAUCAAAAACUUCAUCAAUGUUCACAAACUUGGUAUCAAAUUAAAGCUUAAAAAUUCAACUUUCAUCUUCUGCAGUCUAUUUUGCAAUUAGAACAUUACAGUGAAAACAUUUAAAAAUGUUAAAAGAGUGCAUUUUUAAAACAUGCAGCAUGUGAGCGACAGUACUUAUGUUUCAUGUUCUCUGCUUAUGAUCCAGUCCAGUGAUUGAAGAACACAUCAGAUUGGUUAAGUAAUAUUAUUACCUUCUAGUAGAGGUUCUGUUAAUAUUUUUGCAUCUGUGAUUAUUUGGCAGCUUUAUUCACCUGAAAUGUCUGCUAACAUUAUGCCAAUUGUUUUUAACGGAAGUGUAUUAUA